UUAGUCAAGAUUAAGUUUGUUUGCAAAGAUAGCAUCUACAGCCAUUCAGUCCAAAACUAGUAAGAGAAAUUAUCUAAGGGCCCAACCAUGUACGACUUUCAAGCAUGGCUCGAUCAAUUGACUAAUUUUCUCCAAUUGCUAUACACAAAUUGAAAAUCAAAUCGAACAAUCAGUCACCCUUAAUCUUGCCAUCAUCCCUCUCACUUUACACUUUAGGCCAUAAAACAAUGGUUUUCUCGUCUCAUCUGUUUGCAAUUGCAGGGUUUCUUGGAUUGGUACUAUUCUACAAACUAUGGAAGAAGGGAACUCCCAGCCACCAACGUAAGGGCAUUUUAUUAGCCCCUGAACCUCCAGGUGCCUUGCCAAUCAUCGGGCACAUUCACCUACUUGGCGGCAAGCGCACCCUUGCUCAAACCUUGGGAGCCAUGGCUGACAAAUAUGGCCCUAUCUUCUCAAUCCGAUUUGGAGCGUUCCCUGCCCUUAUCAUUAGCAAUCAUGAAGCAGUCAAGGAGUGCUUCACUACUAACGACAGGGUGUUAGCUAGUCGGCCAAAAUCAAAUGCAGGAACAUACCUGGGAUACGAUCAUGCAGGAUUUGGCUUUGCUCCUUACGGAGAGUAUUGGCGUGAGACACGAAAACUAGCUGUGGUCGAACUUCUAUCUAGCCAUAGACUUGAGACAUCAAAGCAUGUCCUAGAUUUCGAGGUCAAUGCAUUUAUCAAAAAUUUGUACUUGUUUUGCAAGAAAAAUGGACCAGAUGCAAACCCAAAGGCUGUGAUUAGUCACAAAUUUGAAGCCCUGACCUUGAAUACGAUCACAAGAAUGAUCGCAGGCAAGAGAUAUAUCUCGGAUGGUGAAGAAGAAGAUGAUGUGGAGGCACGACAUGUAAUAAAAGUCAUCAAAGACUUUAUGUAUGUUUCUGGUCUUAUCGCUCCAUCGGAAGCGAUGCCAUUUCUAGGAUGGAUGGAGUCCAUCUUUGGGGGACCUGUGAAAUCCAUGAAGCGUGUUGCAAAAGAGAUAGAUUCUAUUAUUGGAAGAUGGGUGGAUGAACAUAAAUUAAAGAGGCUUAUGAGUGAGGCAGACCACAACAAUCAGGAUUUCAUCGACCUACUUCUAUCUGCAAUAGGGGAGGAUUCCAUGUUCGGCUAUACUCGAGAAACAAUUAUCAAGGCUACAGUAAUGAAUUUAUUCUUAGCAGGCGCGGACACAACAUCCAUUGCAUUGACAUGGAUUUUGUCCAACUUGAUGAACAAUAGACAUACCUUAAAGACUGCCCAAGAGGAGCUAGAUCUCAAAGUCGGCAGGGACAAAUGGGUGCAAGACUCUGAUAUUGAGAAAUUAGUGUAUCUCCAAGCCGUUAUUAAAGAAACAUUGCGCCUAUACCCACCAGGGCCUAUAUCAGUUCCUCACGAGGCAAGAGAAGUUUGCAGCAUCAGCGGCUACCACGUUCAAAAGGGCACUCGUGUGAUUGUGAAUUUACGAAGGUUGCAUCGAGACCCUCGAAUUUGGUCCAAUCCUGAUGAGUUUCAACCGGAAAGAUUUCUUACAAGCCAUGCAAAUGUGGAUGUUCUGGGACAACAUUUUGAGCUGAUCCCAUUUGGCUCUGGUAGACGAUCUUGUCCCGGGAUGCCAUUGGCAUUGCAAAUAACACACUUGACGAUUGCUCGCACGCUCCAGGGAUUUGACUUAACCACUCCAUUUAAUGAGUCAGUGGAUAUGACUGAAGGGCUAGGGAUUACCAUGCCCAAGGCAACUCCACUUGAUGUUCUCCUGAGCCCGCGCCUUCCUGCUGCAUUGUACUUGCAGCUCUAGAUGUUUGCUGAUAAAUCUGUAGAUAACUCUCAAGCCUGUUCUGCACCUAUUGCUAGCUACUUACGUUGAACCGUCUUUAGAGUAUGAAUAAUGGAGGCCUUUAGGCUUAAUUGCUUGUAGUUUUAUGAAAUUUCUCAGUUUUUAUGUAGUUUCGGGUAGAGAUUGUUGGUGCAAAUGGGUUUUGGAAUUCAAAGAGAACCGAUAAAAUAAACUUCAAGGCA